AUGAAUCAUGCAUUACCGAAAACAAUUUCACCAUUGUUACAAACUUUUAACAGUGAUGAAAAGGAGGAAAAGCCAGUAAGUGUAAAACCAAAACUACGAUCAACGACAGUAAUAACAACAACAACAUCAUCACCACAACCACUACCACCAAUAACAACAACAACAACAACAACAACAACAAUAAUGGCAAUAGCAGCAACAAUAACAAUAACACCUCUAACAACACAACCAGUUUUAUUAAGUCGUAUAUCACCGGCAAUAGUUUUUGCUGAUGAAGCAAAACGAGCUAGAAUACAGGCUAGAUGGCGUAAAUUGGGUCCAUUGGUGAAAUCGAUACAGUAUCCGUACAGUCGACGAAAUUGGCAUCGUAUUAUUUUAACGAAAGAUAAGAGCGAUCCAUACAUUUUUCAAAUCGAAUGCAAAAAAUUAUGA